UGUCAACACAGGCCGAUCCACUUUGGCGAGAUCGUAUAUCAGUAGGUCAUUUCGCAGCUUAAUUAUUUGCGCUCCGAGUUCACUAUUGAGAAGACCCUCGCAUUCAAUCAUCAUCAUGAGGCAAGUUGCCCUUUUCGCGCUUGGUUUACUUGCUACUUUGGUAGUUGCUCCUCCACCACCGGUCAACUUUGAGUGCCACAAGAAGAACAGCGCCAAGUUCGAACUUUCCAAACAGGAAAAUCUGGCCUCGCACAGGCGCGACGAAGACUCAACAACUAUCGCGAAACUGUUUGGAUCUGAGCAGGCUGAGCUUGAUUCCAGUGUCUACGACGUCGAAUACGAUGACAUGGUGCUCGAUGAGGCCAGUAUCAACGAGGCCAAUAACAACAACAUCGACUCUGGAGAGGCCGGUUCGGAUGACGAUGGUGAGGACAAGAAUGACAAAGUCGAAAACUACGAGGAUGAGAACUACAUGGUUACCGAUGAGCCUUUUGACCACGACGUAGACUAUGUCGAAGCCAACAUUGAUGAGUCAAGCAUUACCGAACCCAACAUCAAUGACAUUGACGACGCCGAAACGUUCGAUACUCUUCCUGACGGCAUCGACAUUGAAACUUCAUCAAACUUUGUCAAUCUAGACAAGAGGUGGAAGUAUCACUGCGAGAAUGGCAUGGAGAGCUGCCUGAAGGAUUGCCAUCUGAAGGCGUACGUAAUCCUCGCACUCGUAGAUUUCUCCAUCAUUGAACAAAAGAGCGGCUGACAUGUCAUGACAGAUUUGUCAUGAUACCUCCACUCAUACCUUGGAGAUGGAUCAAGUGCAGGAGUAAGUGUGAUGAAGCGUGCUCCAAAGUCGAUGAAAAAGACAAAAAGGAUGAUAAGUCGAAAGACGAGCAUGACUCGGACGAUGAGCAUGAGCCAAAUGGUAAGGAACACGACGAAGACAAGACCGAAAAGAAGGACAAAAAGGAUAAAGAUGAAGAAAAUGACAAUUCUGACGAUGACGACGACGUCGAAACUCCCUCUGGACUUGUUACUCUGAACAAGAGAAUCGACUGCGAAAAAGGCUAUGACAAAUGCAUGAAGAGUUGUCGUGCAUGGGCGUACGUAUCCUUAAAGACGCAAUAUCCUCUGUUCCCGACAGAUUGUAGCU